AUGGCUCCCUCCGAUCGUCUUAACCAGGUCAAUGAGCACCUCAACUACCCAGCCGGUCUGCUAGCAGGCCAAGUAGCCAUCAUCACCGGCGCAGGCCAAGGCAUCGGCGCCGAAGCAGCACGACUAUUCGCAAAUGAAGGCGCGAAGGUCGUAAUCGCUGAUAUCGAUGCCAAAAAGGCCAACGCCGUCGCCGACGCGAUCAACUCCGCAAAAGCCGGGCGCGCCCUCGCCGUCGUCGGCGACGUCCUCGACAGCAACUAUAUAACCGAACUAGUAAAGCAAACCGCCGAGUUCGGAAAUGGCAAAAUUCACAUCAUCGUGAACAACGCCGGGUUCACCUGGGAUGGUGUUAUUCACAAGAUGACAGAUAAGCAAUGGGAAACCAUGCUAGCAGUACACAACACGGCUCCAUUCCAACUCGUGCGCGCCGCAGCACCCUACUUCCGCGUGAAAGACAACGAGCCGCGGGUAGUGAUCAACAUCAGCAGCACAAGCGGCAUCCACGGUAAUGCAGGCCAGGCCAAUUAUGCAGUUGCGAAAGCCGGCGUCGUCGGCCUGACCCGCACUAUCGCCAAAGAAUGGGGUCCAGCUUUCGGCGUGCGGUCGAAUACUAUUGCAUUUGGAUUUGUGACGACGCGUCUUACGGCUGCCAAGGAAGAAGGCGCUUUCAUUACCACGCCCGAUGGAACGAAGGUUGCCCUGGGGAUUCCGGGAAAGCAGCUUGCGACUAAGACGGGUUCUGCUGAGAAGAAGGAAGCCGUUGCUUAUCCUGAUAUUCCGCUUGGUAGACCUGCGACGCCUGAGGAGGCUGCGAGGGCGGUGUUGGGUGUUGCGUCGCCGUGGUUCUCUUAUGUUAAUGGGGAGACGAUUCGAGUUACUGGUGGGCGGAAUAUGUAG